ACCAGACAGACCCCUCUGUUGUCAAACAUAUUUAGUAGGAGGGGCCGCGGCUGCGGCUUUAUCUAGGUCCCAGACCCACUGCUGCCGCCUCCUCUGCUCACAUCUCUUCCCGCCUUCACACUUCAGUGAGGAAGACUAUGGAGGAUGAUCAUUGAUGUUUGAUAUUUGUAUGAAUUAAAAUACAUCCGGAGUUCAGCGGGUCUAUGCCAGACACUUCUAUUGAACGCAAUGAUGGGUCCAUGGAACGCUCUCCUCUACAUUGCAGUCACUGUCUGCCUAUUGAAGGUGUCCCUCCAAGGGGAACCCCAGCGGAGGCUGUACAAGGAUCUUAUGGCCAACUACAACCCACUAGAAAGGCCAGUGUUCAAUGACACCCACUCCCUCACCGUCAACUUCAGCUUUAGUUUGAUGCAGAUCAUGGACGUGGAUGAGAAGAACCAGGUUUUAACAACCAACAUAUGGCUGCAGCUGUACUGGAAUGAUUAUUACCUGCAGUGGAAUCAGUCUGAGUACCCCGGGGUGGCCAAUGUGAGAUUCCCUGAUAGCCAAAUCUGGAAGCCAGACAUCCUGCUAUAUAACAGUGCCGAUGAGAGAUUUGAUGCUACCUUCCAUACCAAUGUGUUGGUCAACUCCUCUGGGUCCUGCUCCUACUUGCCUCCAGGCAUCUUCAAGAGCACCUGCUACAUCGAUGUGCGCUGGUUUCCCUUUGAUCUCCAGAGGUGUGACCUGAAAUUUGGCUCUUGGACCUAUGGGGGCUGGUCUCUGGACCUACAGAUGAUCGAGGCAGAUAUCACAGGUUACAUCCCCAACGGAGAGUGGGACCUAGUCGAGGUGCCGGGGCGCAGAAACGAGCGCUUCUACGACUGUUGUAAGGAGCCUUACCCUGACGUAACCUUUACCGUGGUGAUGCGUAGACGUACCCUCUACUAUGGCCUCAACCUCCUCAUCCCAUGUGUUCUCAUCUCCACCUUGGCCCUGCUUGUCUUCCUACUGCCUGCAGACUCUGGGGAGAAGAUAUCACUGGGGAUAACAGUGCUGCUCUCACUGACCGUCUUCAUGUUGCUGGUUGCAGAGAUCAUGCCUGCAACCUCUGACUCAGUACCUCUAAUAGCUCAGUACUUUGCCACCACCAUGGUCAUUGUGGGUCUCUCUGUGAUCGCUACGGUUCUGGUCUUACAAUAUCACCAUCACGAUCCUGAUGGAAGCAAGAUGCCUAAGUGGACUCGGGUGAUUCUGCUCAACUGGUGCGCCUGGUUCCUGCGUAUGAAGCGGCCCGGUGAGGACCGUGUACGCCCGGCCUGCCACAACAAGCAUCCCCGUGGGAGCCUCACCAGCAUGGACCUGAACACCAACGCCUCAGCCCCCCACUCCACCAACGGCAACAUGCUCUACAUCGGCCUGGAGAGCAUGCACUACACUACAGCUGCCACCUCCCCCGACUCCGGAGUGCUGUGCGGCCGUCUGGUGUGUGGUCGGGGGGAGGACGAGGUGCUCUUGCCCACACGGGCCACCUCUUUGGCGGGGAGCCUGGAGCCCGAUCUGGCCAAGCUCCUGGAUGAGGUGCGCUACAUCGCCAAGCGUUUCCGAGACCAAGAUGAGGAUGAGUUGGUGUGCAACGAGUGGAAGUUUGCGGCGUCAGUGAUCGACCGGCUCUGUCUCAUGGCCUUCUCUCUCUUCACCAUCCUCUGCACCAUCGGUAUCCUCAUGUCGGCACCUAACUUUGUAGAAGCCAUUUCCAAAGACUUCUUUACCUGAGAGCUUGAAACGUUCACAUGCUUUAGCCAAUAAAUACACUACAUUGUUUUUGAAAUCUCACAUUACAAGACACAUACUUAUAUAAAAUGAUUGAAUAUUUGUCUGUGAUAUAGAGAGAGAAUACAUUAUGUCUGCAUAAAUAUUCAAUUUACAAGAUGUACAGUUUUUUCACAUUCAACUAUUUCCCUGCAGGAUGUCAUCUGGUGGAAAAUCGUGUUGUAUGUAACUGGCUUAGAGGAAUCUAGGCCUUAGAUGUUAAAGCCAAACAACACAGAAGAGGUAAUAGCCAAGCCUUGUAUAGCUUUAUAAAUACCAAGGUUACUUCAGUUGAAUCCAAUGUGUUUUAGUCCACUUGAGUAAUUGUUUAUUGGCUUCCCUUUAUAACUCUCUCAGUUCAAAACGUUCCAAAGCUUUUCUCUGAUGUGGUGUAAAGAACAAUUGAUGGAUACCUUUGGGUUCAAGGUUUCUGUCAAAGUUAUUGUUGGUUUUGUGUUUGUAGAUCGUGUGGUGAUAUGUAGUGUGUAGUUUUCUGUGAUUUGAAAAUAUCCAUCACAAAACACCUUUUUGAGUUUUGCCAACUUUAUUUCAUCAUCAUCAUCAUCAUUAUGUCUACAAGAACAAAACACCAUACUCCAUCAGCAUUAUGUCUACAUGAACAAAACACCAUACUCCAUCAGCAUUAUGUCUACAUGAACAAAACACCAUACUCCAUCAGCAUUAUGUCUACAUGAACAAAACACCAUACUCCAUCAGCAUUAUGUCUACAUGAACAAAACACCAUACUCCAUCAGCAUUAUGUCUACAUGAACAAAACACCAUACUCCAUCAGCAUUAUGUUUACAUGAACAAAACACCAUACUCCAUCAGCAUUAUGUCUACAUGAACAAAACACCAUACUCCAUCAGCAUUAUGUCUACAUGAACAAAACACCAUACUCCAUCAGCAUUAUGUCUACAUGAACAAAACACCAUACUCCAUCAGCAUUAUGUCUACAUGAACAAAACACCAUACUCCAUCAGCAUUAUGUCUACAUGAACAAAACACCAUACUCCAUCAGCAUUAUGUCUACAUGAACAAAACACCAUACUCCAUCAGCAUUAUGUCUACAUGAACAAAACACCAUACUCCAUCAGCAUUAUGUCUACAUGAACAAAACACCAUACUCCAUCAGCAUUAUGUCUACAUGAACAAAACACCAUACUCCAUCAGCAUUAUGUCUACAUGAACAAAACACCAUACUCCAUCAGCAUUAUGUCUACAUGAACAAAACACCAUACUCCAUCAGCAUUAUGUCUACAUGAACAAAACACCAUACUCCAUCAGCAUUAUGUCUACAUGAACAAAACACCAUACUCCAUCAGCAUUAUGUCUACAUGAACAAAACACCAUACUCCAUCAGCAUUAUGUCUACAUGAACAAAACACCAUACUCCAUCAGCAUUAUGUCUACAUGAACAAAACACCAUACUCCAUCAGCAUUAUGUCUACAUGAACAAAACACCAUACUCCAUCAGCAUUAUGUCUACAUGAACAAAACACCAUACUCCAUCAGCAUUAUGUCUACAUGAACAAAACACCAUACUCCAUCAGCAUUAUGUCUACAUGAACAAAACACCAUACUCCAUCAGCAUUAUGUCUACAUGAACAAAACACCAUACUCCAUCAGCAUUAUGUCUACAUGAACAAAACACCAUACUCCAUCAGCAUUAUGUCUACAUGAACAAACACCA